AAUGUUCGUUAAAAAAAUCUUACUUUUCGACUGUUUAUUCGAAAGUAUAAAGAAUUCAAGAGCUCCAUCUAUUGUCGACGAUGAAGAUGGACAUUUAAAAUACUCUAUAGGAGAUAAAAUAAGAUCAAGAUAUGAAAUUUUACGAACCCUGGGAGAAGGAACAUUUGGUAAAGUUGCGGAAUGCCGGGAUACUAGAAAUAAUAAUGAAGUUAUAGCCUUAAAAAUAAUUAAGAAUGUUGAUAAAUAUAGAGAAGCCGCCAAAUUGGAAAUUAACGUUCUUAAAUCAAUUAAUACAUGGAAAGGAGGAGGAAAAAAUCUUUGUGUAGGAAUGGAUGAUUUCUUCGACUAUCACGGUCACACGUGCAUAGCUUUUGAGGUGCUAGGCCUAAGCGUGUUCGAUUUCUUAAAGAAUAAUAACUACGCCCCGUACCCUCUUUAUCAAGUUCGACAUAUGGCUUAUCAACUAUGUUCGGCCGUUGCUUUUCUGCACGAAAAUAACCUGACCCAUACUGAUUUAAAACCCGAAAAUAUUUUAUUCGUUUCAUCCGAUUUUGACGUAAUUUUUAAUGAGAAAAAGAAAAAAGCUUAUAAGCGGGUAAAGAAAACUAAUAUAAGACUAAUUGACUUCGGCUCAGCGACUUUCGAUGAUGAGCAUCACAGUACGAUUGUAUCUACAAGACACUAUAGAGCACCAGAAGUAAUUCUGGAGCUUGGUUGGUCUCAACCCUGCGACGUUUGGAGUAUUGGUUGCAUUAUGUUUGAAUUCUAUACUGGUUACACACUCUUUCAAACUCACGAUAACAGGGAACAUUUGGCUAUGAUGGAGAGAAUUCUGGGUACUAUUCCGUAUAGAAUGGCUAGAAAGACAAAAACCGGCUACUUCUGGCACGGUCGACUAGAAUGGGACCCUCAAACUUCGGCGGGUCGCUACGUUAGGGAAAUGUGUAAACCUAUACAUAGAUAUAUCUUAGACGAGAGUGACGAACACAGGCAACUAUUCGAUAUGGUUGAAAAAAUGUUAGAAUUCGAUCCAAGGCAUAGGCUAGAAUUAUCAGAAGCAUUAAAACAUCCUUUCUUCGACAAGCUAUCUCCUGAGGAGAAAACUUUCACGGAAAGGGAACGAUCUCACAAAAUGGAUAGCGAUUUAUUCGAAAGAGGAGAAAGAUCAAUCAAUGAAUUCAUUUCAUGGUGCAAAUCAAAAAACAAUUUUAAAGAAAUAAAAUUUAAUCCAAAAGUCAAACUAAAAUGGCUGGGAAAGUCUCAGCAAAUCGGAAUGGUUUGUUCUGAAGAUAUAAAACGAAAUGAAAUUUUAGCAAAGAUACCAAAAUCUAGAAUUCUAGAAUCCGAUAAAGAUAAAUUGUCAGAAUUCCAGUAUCGCAAAUGGGCUGGUCUAGCACUAACAAUAAUGAAAGAGAAAGUCAAUAACGAAUCAAAAUGGUCAAAAUAUUUACAAGUAUUCCCCUCGGUACACUGCCCCCUGCACCCUAUUCUCUUUUCCAGAAAAUAUUUUGAGAGCGCCCUUCGCGGUAGUCCAGUUUACGGAAGAAUAGACAGGGAUAGAAAAAAUGUACGGGAAGAUUGGCAAAAGGCUGCUCUACCUUAUCUAAACGAAAAUGAAAACUAUAUUUUUACGUUGGAAAAUAAUACGACUGCAAUGAUUCCUGUUGCCGAUGCUUUAAAUCAUCAUCCAGAAAAUAAUGCAUGCUUAAAAUACGCUUCUAAGCAUACCGAUUGCGUUUUAUUAGUAGCAGUGAAGCACGUCAAAAAGGAUGAACAAAUAUAUAACACUUUUGGUCGUCUGGACAUCAGCCAAACAUUAGAAAUGUACGGAUUCGCACUAGAUUACUUAGAAGUAAGGUCAACCGACGCCUACGCCCUAUUCUUUGAUGAACCAAUCUACAAAAGUGAUACUGAAUUUGAGGAAUUAGUCAAAUGGGAGCAUGUUCGGUCUCGUCUAAAAAAAGAAGCAGUUAAUUUGAUUAUAUCCGGCUUAUACAAUCAACUUUUAACUUUUCCGAGAUCUUUAUACCACGAAAGAGUCAAUUAUAAGUUUGUUAAGGAAACUGGUCUGUCGGAUUGCACAGGAAAUAUUACUUUAUAUACGCAUUCAGUUUGUGAGCUUGUUUGGCGUAUUAUUUGCUGUUUGAACAACGAUUACAAAUUAAAAGAUCCUCCUGCCGUUGUUAAACUCCCACAAUCUCUACUAGAAGAAGAAGAUAGUGAUGAUAAAAGCGAUGAAUUUUUCACUGGUUUUAUAAAUGAUAACGCAUUUGAUAAAUUUCAAUCGGAAGCACUAAGCUGGACAAUAAAUAAAUAUGGUACAGUUAUGAAUUGUUUGAAUGAAGAGAGUAGAAAAAGACAUUUAGUCGAAGAGACUUUAACGGAAAGUAAAAAAGAAGAUAUUGCGAAAAAGAAACAUUGUUUGAAAUAA